UUUUUCUGAUUCGACACGCUUGUCGAAACAUUUUCUUGUAUAAAUGUAAUCGCGUACUCUCAGUACUAAACAAAGCCGGCAAUAAUAAAAAUAAAUUGAUAUAAACGUGCUUGUAAGUGUAAUCCAAGCAAAUUGUAAAUCAGCUGUCAUCAAAAUGAGCAAAGCACAUCCGCCUGAAUUGAAAAAGUAUAUGGAUAAAAGACUAUCUCUGAAAUUGAACGGAGGUCGACAUGUUAUUGGCAUACUGCGAGGUUUUGAUCCAUUCAUGAAUAUGGUUAUCGAUGAAAGUAUAGAGGAAUGCAAAGAUGGUACCAAAAACAAUAUCGGCAUGGUGGUCAUUCGUGGUAACAGCGUCAUAAUGUUAGAAGCCUUAGAUCGAAUAUGAUUUAUAAAUAUGAUUAUGAUUAUGCUAUUAGAAUUUUUUU